UUUGCAUGCCGGCGCUGCUGCAGCGCUGGGAGAGGCACCGCGCGGCGCAGGCGUGCCUACGCCGCACGCAGAAUUGCGCCACGCCGACGUGACUCUCUCGCCACGGCGACCGCGCAGCUGCGGCCAGAGAUAAGGGCCGGCCCACCCUAGGCACUCGGGGCAGCCACACCACGCUAACACAGAGAUGGCCCUCCUCUCCUGGGACGGUCAAAUAAUCAACGCCUUGGUCCACGACUGGCCUAAAGAUGUUGAAGCGAUCUUCAAAGACGAUGCAUGUAAAAUAGACCAGCAGGUGCGAGGCGGGUGCUUUGGGCGCCAACAGCUCGUCCAGUGCGGCUUUUCGUCGCGCACGUGCCAUACGGGCGACGCGUCGAGGUUCACCUAUGAGUCAGGCGACACGCUCCUCCAUCUCGGCAACCGCAACGCGAGCUCGCCGGCGUUCCUCUGCGAGCUGCUCGCGCAAGGAGCCUCAAUACAUGCGAAAAAUAGUAAAGGCGAGACGGCCGAGGAGCUUGAUAAACCAAGGAUGCGGGAGGCGCAGCGCCUGUUCAAGCUGAAGCCUCGGGCGAAGAAGAAGAAGGCUGCGAAGAAGGUUGAAGGGAAUCAAUCCGCGCUCGUCGGCGCGACGUUCGGGGACGUCGUCGGUGUGGCCAAUAGGGGCACGAAGCUCGCGCGGCUGAUGCGGUCGGGGGUCGCGUAAGUUGGUGUGGUGUGUGUCGUCGUUCCGCGUCGCGUCGAUGGCGUAAGG